AGAGUGAAAAUUCCUUUUGCUACAAUGGCCUUCCUGUAGAAACAAAAACAUAUAAAACUACCAGCAAGCAUAUUCCUCCUCGUUCCACUUUCUCUCCCGCUUUCAGACAAAUCCCUACCUCCAGGAUGGCCGGAGGUCCCCCUCCCAAGGGCCCACCACUCCACAAGCCAUCUUCUUCUUCCUCCGCCUCCAGCCGCAAAUCUCGCUGGGAAUCCUACCCCAACGCCACCGCCACCGCCACCGGCACCACCACCACCACCACCACCAACAAAAACAAAAACCCACCCGACCCCAAAUCCUCCAAGACUAAACCCGGACCAUCCCCGAAACCCAGCCCCGCCCAUCCCAAAAACCAGCCAGGCCCCUCUCCUAGAGCUGCUUCCUUCCCCUUCUCCGACCCGGCUUCUUUCGGCCCACCACCUCCGCCGGUGUACGAUUUCCACAUGCUCGAGCGCCGGACUUUUGUUCUUGCCGACGGUAGUGUUCGAUCUUACUUCGCUCUGCCGCCAGAUUAUCAAGAGUUCCCUCCGCCCAUGAACCCGCCUGGCCGGUUCAUGCCAUUCGGUCCCGGUGGACCAGGUGGGCCGGAUUACUGGAAUUCGCUAGGGCUCGACGGGCGUGGGCCUGCAGAAGGGCCCGCUAAGAGGAAGUACGCCGAAGAAGAGGAGCACAGGGAUAAAGCAGAAGAAUUGGCGAUGCGUCGGCAGCAAUUUAUGCAGUAUGGGAAUCCAAAUGGUUUUCCGGGGGGUCCCGGAGGAGGAGGUCGGGGAGAGUUUUUGCCGGGAUCGAGUAGUCCGUUUCGGCGGGAAGUGGGCGGCAGUGAGGGGAGAGCUAACAAGUACAUGAGGGUUGGUGGUGGUGGCGGUGGAGGUCAUGAGAGUGUGGGGUUUAGGCAAGGCGGCGGAGGCGGAGGCGAGAAUGUGGGUCUGAAGCAUCUUCAAGUUGAUCAAAUUGCGUUGAAGAAGGCGUUUCUUAACUUUGUGAAGCUGAUUCAUGAGAAUACGCAGCAGAGGAAGACUUACUUGGAGGAUGGGAAGCAUGGCCGUCUGCACUGCAUUGCUUGUGCCAGGUCCUCUAAAGAUUUUCCAGAUAUGCAUAGUCUCAUCAUGCACAGUUACAACUCUGAUAGUGCUGACUUGCGCGUGGAUCACCUGGGGUUCCACAAGGCUUUGUGUGUUCUAAUGGGUUGGGACUACUUGAAGCCUCCCGAUAACUUAAAGGCGUAUCAGUUUCUUUCUGCUGAAGCAGCAGCAGCAAAUGUGGAUGAUCUGAUUAUGUGGCCACCUGUGGUGAUAAUUCAUAAUACUGUUACAGGAAAGAGUAAAGAUGGCCGCAUGGAGGGUUUGGGCAAUAAAGCAAUGGAUAGUAAUAUUAGAGAUCUUGGAUUUGGAAGUGGGAAGUCGAAAUCCUUAUACGGUAGAGAUGGUCAUUUGGGUAUGACUCUGGUUAAGUUUUCCGGUGACGAAGCAGGCCUUAAGGAUGCCAUUCGAAUGGCAGAGUUCUUUGAGAUGGAAAAUCAUGGGCGCAGGGGCUGGGCUCGUGUACAGCCGCCAACACUGGGCAGUAGGGGUGAUGAUAACAAUCCAAACCUUGUCAGGUUUGAUGAAAAGACGCGGGAGAAGAAGAGGAUCCUAUAUGGCUAUCUCGGAACAGCUUAUGAUCUUGACAAAGUUGAUUUCGACACAAGAAAGAAGGCCGUGAUCGAAAGCCUUAGGGAAUACAAGUCAUCCAAGUAGAUUCGUGGUAACAUUCAAGGUAUCGAUCCAUCCCGUCUCAUGGCAUCGUAGGUGAUGGAAGCUCUACGUAAUAUUCGAGCAGCAUUCUCUAAUGUCGCAAGGCCGAGGCGUGAAGCCCCUUCGGAUGCCUGACGAUCAUUCUUGGACGGAGUUUUUUCCUGCUACAGCUCUUGGUGAUAUAAAACAAGAUAAUUCAGUGUAGCAAAAGGAUUUAUUACGAGCGCUUGUAUUUGUACGGUUUCUGAGAUGAACAACUUGUAUGACAGCCAAUAAUUGCUUAGUAACGUUUUUUUGGUGAAUGGUAAGUGUUUAAUGGCAAGAUGUUGGUUGGAUAA